UCUGUGCCUCGUAAUGCGUAGAAGGAACACGCAGACAAAAUGGCUGAUAGACGAAAGUAUAAGGAAGAAAAGGAUCGGGAUGGUUUUGAUGUCAGUAAACCGAAACUUGAUGAACCACCGAAUUCAAGAUUGUUUAUAGUUUGCAACAAAAGUAUUACGGAAGAGGAAUUUCGUACUGCCUUUGAAAAAUAUGGAACUAUUGAAGAGAUAUGGGUCGUCAGAGACAGAAGCACUGGAGAGCCUAAAGGUGUCACCUAUAUUAAGUUUUCAAAGACUUCGGAAGCAGCCCUGGCACUGGAAGAAAUGAAUGGUUGCUGUAUAGUUCCACAUCUAAGACCUUUGAAAGUUAUGAUUGCACAUAGCCGUGAUCAAGGCUCAAAACGUGAAAUGAAUGAGGAAGAGAGAUUGUUACGGUUAUUUUGCGUGGUACCUAAGACGACAACUGACCAGAUGCUGCGAGAUCAUUUUAAGCAGUUUGGAGAUAUAGAUUAUGUUUCCGUUGUUAAGGAUCGAGAAACAAAGGAGAGCAAAGGAUUUGCUUAUGUCAAGUUUCAUAAAGUAUCACAUGCUGCUAAAGCUUUUGAGGGUUGCGAUCGGUCUUACAAAGCUGUAUUUGCGGAACCUAAGAGGCAGAAGAAUACUUUUGAUAUUUAUGACCGCUUCAGUGCACCGCCAUCAAGUGUUAUGCCUUAUGAUGCUUCUUUCUCAUCAUUCAGUUCUAAAGGAUCAAGUUUCAGUAACCCAGAAAGUUACACAUCUGUUCGAGUGAUUGCAUCACCGAACUUGAAUCAGGACCAGUUGUGGAGGCUGUUUGACCUCGUCCCUGGUUUGGAUUUCCUUCAUCUCGACACCAAGUCCAGACUCGGCAAGGGACAGGCAGUUGCUGUGUACAACAGCCCACAGGCAGCUUUAUAUGCCAAGGAGAAACUGCACGGAUUUGAGUAUCCACCAGGACAACGACUGAUUGUGAAGCCUGAUGUAAACGUACAUGCUGAUUUGCCUAUACCGUAUGUUUCCAGAGGGAAUCCAGUGGGGAGGGAUCCAUAUGUUGGUGCGACUUCUCCCCGGCUGCCCUCCAGCGCAGGGCCUCCCCCAACUACAGCUCGUAAUUCGGGCCUUCAGACAGACCUUGUGACUCUUGCUGAAACUAUUGCACAGGCCACAUCCAUAAUUCAGGCAGCUGGUCUCACCCAAGGUAGUGUUAGCAGUGGGACAAACAGUGUCGCACAGACACGUGAAACAUAUGAUCCUACAUAUUGUUCAGUAAAACUCCCUGAACCUCAGCCACUUGCACCCAUGGAUGCAGAAACUGCUGAAAGGUUGUUCAUUGUGUGUCACCCCUUGCCACCGCCAAUGUUUGCCAUGAGAGAUGUGUUUGGCCGCUUUGGGAAUCUCAUCGAUGUGUACAUGCUGAGUGGAAAGAACUGCGGCUACGCAAAAUAUGCCAGCAAGGAGGCAGCUGAACAAGCUAUACAGACACUUCAUGGUCAAGAAGUAUGUGGCAUUCGGUUAAAAGUGAUGGCUGCUGAUCCUCGUAAUGACGACCGCAGGAAGAGGUUGCGUAUAGAUGACCAUGAUCUGUAGAGCACCACUUCUAUACAGACGUGACAAGAGACGGACCGGACAGAAGAAAAAGACCGAACAGAGGAACGAACCCAUGACUCCCCAUGUUUAGCGUAUGACAGUGCACUUCACACAACUGCUACCAACUUUGACAGGAAAGAACUGGGCUUGAAGGGCAGAAUAAAACAUGUUAAAAGACAUUUUGGUUGUUUGGGGUAACUUUGUCUUGUGGGUUUUGAGACCAUCUGACAAGUCAGGACAGAGUAUAUCGUAUAUGUAUGUAAUUGUAUGACUUUUCAGUGAGACACUUUGAACUACGUGUUUAUUGCCUGUGUUGUUAGUUACAUUGACUGAGGUGUGGGUCAUUUCACAAGUCAUUUUGCUAGUAUUGACUAUAGACGUGGAAUUUUACAUUUGUGAAGCUGAAAUAGAAUGUCGUCAGACAAACUUAUGCAGUCGGGAGAGAGGAAAAAUUUCUUUCAUCUUAUUAGUAAAUUUAAGAACACACAGUCGUAAUGACUUUCAGUCUUGUUGUAGUAGACUGUGGGCUGAUUGUGCUUCAGAGGAAUAAUCUCUUCAGAAGGAGUAUGAAAUUACUCCAGGGUGUCUGUAUCAAGAUUAAAGAAAAAUAUUUAUUACGAACUUUAUGCAGCAGUCAUGGGGUUGAUUAAAAAUCAUUGCAAUAUGUCACAGCCCUCAGACUUCACACUGAUGAUUCAGAGCUCAAAUUGUCGUUGACAUCAUUGCGAUUAUCCUGUCGCGAGGUAGAUGAAGAUCAGAAAGGUUUAAAGGCGUUUGAGAUAUGUUUGUGCUUUUAGAUGUUGGGAUCUGUUGCUUUGGCUCAAUCCAGUUUUCUUUUUCUACAACAGUCAGUCGCCGUGCUUCGAUUAUGUGCAUUAGUUUUUUGCCAUUAAGCACAUCUUUUACUUCAACACCUUUGGAAGUAACCGGCCGGCAUCACGUUUCCCAGCAGAAGGAAUUCGGUUAGAUUGCGGGUACAGUGAGCCUGAGGAGUAUACACAGGCUUAUUGACCUGUGUCUGAACUGUGGCUUUGGAUUACAAUCAAAACAUGGCAUUUCAUCAAACUUUAAUGGGAAAAUGCAAAAAUUUUAUUUUAUUAAAUGGUUAUAUUGCAAAUGGAAAAUAUACUUCUGAAGUAUCAUAUUUUCUUGUGUCUAAGGCAUGUGCAUGGACACGUUUAAUUAUUUUUUGGAUUUAAGAAUUGAAAGAAUCACCUAACUGUAUAUAUCUCACUUUGAAAUAAAUAAAGUGUAGGUAGUGAGAAAUCUAGUUAAAAGAUUGUGUAGUAUGAGAUGCUUAAAAAAUUAGGCAGGCGUAGUUAGCAUUCAUUGCUGCAGGUGGUAUUUUAUGAUGAAACUGGUUCAGACACACCCAUAUUUUAUAUCAGUUAGAUGAUGGCAUGUUCGUUGGUGGCUUUUCUUCAAGAUCAACAGAAAACAAAAUUCGUAAUUAGAAAUCGUCGACACACUCAGUUUGCGUGCAUAUGUCUUCUGGUUUGUUGGUUUUUGUAUUACAGUAACAAAUACACCCUAGUUAUGUGUAUGUUUUCAGUAUUACACAUGGCUUAAUUUUAAGAACAAAUAAUUUUGAAAAUACUGUAUGUUAUAUACAAGUAAAUACAGUAUGUAGACUGCGUGGCUGUCUCGGAGAAAGAAAUUGUCUCGCUGUUCUUGGGCACAUAACAUUGAAUAUAAGCAAUUUUGAUGCUUCAGAAUUAAUAUUUUAACAGUCCCCCUUGUUCACAAAAUAAUAGGAGGGGAGGGGAGCCGUGUGGUUUGUAGGAAGCACGGUAUGUAUUGCACGAGUUGGAUGGGCGUUGUGGUUAGUAUGGAGGCAUGAUUUUGCCUUCCUUGUUCUAUAGAGAAUUUAAUUAUUUGUGUAUGAGGUGUGAAUUGUUUUGAACACCUGCCAGAUUAUUGCUGUGUGAAGUUUAUGGUUCCUAAAUUUUAUAAAAUAACGGAUUUAAUGGACAUUAUCCAUUUUCUUAAUUUAGUUAAAAACACUGGAUUUUGGAGACUGGAAUCUGUCUCUGUCCUCAGGCAAAACCUGCUCUGUUAGGCCCAGUUGAUAAGAGAUUUUUCCUAUCUCCAUGAUAGUCCCGAGCAUGGGGACAUACCCCAGCCUCUGAAACGUUGUGUUUUUAAUUGAAUUAAGAUGAUAGAUAAUGUCCAAGAAGUGUAUUUUUUAAUAAUACAAAUUUUUUUACAAAUCUUAUGAUUUAAAAUUUUGUAAGUUGUAUUUCGUGUCACAUUCUUUUGGUAUCAAUUUUUUGGGGAUGUAUUUUUCAAUCAUUUCUAUUUACCCAAAAUUGAAAAUGCAUAAAUAAAACUAUGGAAAAUGUUGCAUGAUUUAUAUUGUCUUUGUCUGCCCAGUGUUCUCUAAAAUACAAAAUUGUUUUUAAUCAAAAUACACACGAUAUAUCAGAUCUAAGAAGUUUGUCCUUUAUUGUGCCAGUCGUAGCAUGCAUAGCACGAUCAGAUGCAAUUUAAACAUUGACUUUCUGAAUGUGCAGAUUUAAAAAUCUGCAGUUUUCCUUUUUACACAAACAAAAUAAUUUAAUUAAAGUAUUUUCAAUAGUUGGAUAACUCUGGAUGUAGAUGUGUUCAUUGUGUUAGCUCAUAUAAUAGUUGGAAUGUUGAUACAAAGAAGACUUUUGAAAUGACCAACAGUUUAUUUUAUUACGUUCAAAUGGCAGUUUUGCUUAAAUAUGUGCUUCUAUGUAAGGCGUGAUACCAACGGUUGUGAGAUACAAAAUGCCCUUCUCAUUGAACUGACUAGCAGACAGAAAGUUUAGUUUCAGUUGUCUUCUGAGUUAUGACGCUCCAUAGACUUCUAUAACCAUAUACAUGACUGUGGUGUCGUAACUCAUGAUAAAAAAUUCUCACCGCUGUGAAAACGUCGAAUCUCGGGCAGAUGAAUUAUUCUUAAAAGCAAAGUCAUAUCUAUUUAGAAAUCUUCAAGGUCCACGACGUGUGCUAUUCUUUUAGAGUGAGUGUUACCAAUCUCCCCCCCCACCAAAAUAUCUUGACACUGUUAAAUCUUGUUAAUUCUCAGUCAAAGGGUCAUGGCUUUGAUUUCUUGUCAGAUGUAGGUGUAGAUUUUCAGUGCAUGGAUUAAAAUUUUAGCUCGUGUGAGAAUGCGGAGAAUACGAGGCUGUAUCAGGAUGUCGGUCCUCUCUGCUGGACGCCAUUCUCGGCGUCUUCCGUCUAUUCGUUGUUCCCAUUUUAGAAAUGGGCAUACGCAAGUUUUUAUCCCCUGUCUCUGGAUACUUCGGUAAUAUGUAUUGAUAACUGUUCUUUAAUUUUAAAAGUAGAUGCUGUGUAUAGAGUAUUGCAGGUUAAGUCACUUGCCAUUGUAAGUUUUUGUCAGUAUAUAAUUUGGUGAAAAUAUUUAAUAAAAAAAAAUUUAAUUUGUAUUGCCAAGUCUUAAGGUAAAUGUAGCCAUAUUUAGCUUAAUCAUUGUAGUGUAAUAAAUCUUUGUAUAGAAAUUAGUUUUUUUUUUCUAAUUUAGUUUUUUGUAUUUUUUCUCUGUUAUCAAGAUGCAUGCUUUUCUGUAUUAUGAUACUGGCUGUCAGAUAGCGUUGGCAUGAAUCUUUCAUAUAGUUUGCAGCACAUAUAAUCUUUCAAAUAAAUUGUGGGUAGCAAGGUAAAUACAUUCUGCAUCCAGUGAACGACUGCUAAUGAUGUAACUUACGCUUUUGGUUGUUACCAGAAAAUAACAUAGAAAAUAGCUCACCAGUAUAUUUUAAACGAAUAAAUGUGCUUUUUAAUAACUGUUUCCUAUGAUUUAUCAAAA